AUUACAUAUUCAAAAUAUAACCACAUAUAUUACAUUUAGUGAUAAAUUAUAUUUACAUACGUGGCCUUCAUUUUGGUCAAACAAUUAAAUUGUUAUGUGCAUUUUUUCAUCGACCGAAACAAAUCAUCAAGUAACAAGUUGCUUACAAAAUGGAAACAAUAAAUCUGACGAUCGACAACAUUACUGAACCAUAUCGAUUGGCAGUAGAAAAUCAUUAUGAAUCAUUUAUUCUUCAUCGUUUCAAUGGUGAUCACAAAUUUGCAAAUUCACUGAUUGGCUUGUUCAUAACAAUACCCGUUUAUUGGAUUGUCGGUACAGCCUAUACAUUCAUCGAUAUUUAUCAAUGGCCAAAAUUCAUUUUGAAAUACAAAAUUCAAAUGGAUAAAUCACAAGUGAAUGGAAAAGAUUUACGAAGAUUAGUGAAACAAGUGUUAUUUAAUCAAAUUUUGGGUAUCUCAUUGGGUGCUUCAUUUCAGUGGUUACAAGUGAAUCAUAUACUAAUUCCACAAUCAUCUACACGAAUACCGACGAUAAGCCGAUUUAUUACAGAAUGGAUAUCAUUCAUAUUGAUACGUGAAGUUUUGUUCUAUUAUACACAUCGAUUAUGUCAUCAUGGUUAUCUUUAUCGACAUAUUCAUAAACGCCAUCAUGAAUGGCAAACACCGAUUGCUUUGGCAGCAAUUUAUUGUCACCCAAUUGAACAUGCAAUUGUCAAUACAUUUCCCGUUCUUAUUGGACCAUAUUUAAUGCAAUCACAUUUACUUGUUUCAAAUCUUUGGCUACUAUAUACGGUAUUAUUGACAUUGAAUGACCACUGUGGUUAUCAUUUUCCCUGGUCAUUGUCACCUGUUUUUCAUGAUUUUCAUCAUCUCAAAUUUAAUGUUAAUUAUGGAAUCCUUGGUAUAUUGGAUUGGCUACAUGGUACAGAUAAAAUUUUCCGUAAAUCAAAGUAUUUCCAAAAUCAUCGUAUCUAUUUUGGCCUUACACCACCAUCAGACUAUUCAAAAAUGAACUGAUUGUGUUUUUUCACAUUUCAAAUGGCAAAAUAAUAAAAAUAAAUUUAUUUUAAUUUUUA